AUGGCGGAUCCUUUGAGCAUUGCUGCCUCGGCGCUGACUGUUAUUACAGCUGCCGUUCAGUCGACGAAGUCGCUAUAUGAAACUGUCAAACACUUCAAAGAUCGCGACAAAACUUUACGUAGGCUUCAACAUGAGUUUGAGGAUCUCGCCAAUAUUUUGGACUCGUUGACACAAGUGGCCAAUGCUGAGAUGUCAAUGUUGGCGCUUCUUCAAGGUCCUGUUGAUCAACGCAGCCAAGUGGAAUUUAUGAGAGGCGAUAUCAAUGAAUUUAUAGACACUAUCGCAGGUUAUAAGUCAACAAUCUCAGUCGGUCUAGGCACUAUUACCAUGCAUACCUCCAAAGUCUCCCACGAAGUUCUUCAAGAGUACAAUGAGAUGAUUCAGGACACAGCAUAUAAUCUUGAGGUUCACGUCCUCUCCAUUGUUCACAAUCUGCCCGUGCGUUAUCCGUAUAUGGAUGGUCUUGGCGCAAGCAGUAGUGGAGCUAGGUCAUUUGAAUUGCGCGCUGAGCCAGCUGCGCCGCCAGCAGGCCAGCGGUCGAUGUACGCGCUAAAUCUGAUGAGCUUAAUCCAUGCUGGCCACACAUCAGGAAGCUUCCCAAACUUCGAGCCUCCAUUUUUAGCGCGCCGCCUAGCGCACCGACCAAGUUCUGGUUACGUCAAUCAACAUGAAAUUGAAAUUUUCGAUAUCUCAAGAUAUGCGAUGAUUGGGCGGAUGGAUAGUCACAAAGGCACAUUCUGUGCUGCUAUGGCGGACUUGAACCUAGGCAGAAAAGCGACAGCCACGUCUGUCCUAGUGGUGCUUAAGGUAAAUGCGGACUCAGCCGGGCCUGUAACACAAGGUGAGGUCAUUGCCCAAUGGAUAUUAUUGGUGCUGACCACAAGAGCCUGGUUCUGGCUCACUGCCCCAGCAGUCCAAUUCAUGCUAGACGACAUUCAGUGGCGAUGA